GAUUGAUCCGCCAGCAAAUGACGUGGAUGCUUUGAAUCUUUCCUCAUGCGAUCCCAUUAUCUGACCGACGCACCAGCAUGAGGCAAGCCCAGCUUGUGCCAGCAGCGUUGAUCGAAGGGGUGGUCCCAACAUGUAUAUCAGCCUCCCACGCUCCCGUGGGGAGGCGUUCUACUAAACUAUCUCUUCCUCACUUCUUCCCGUUCCAUUGCUACCCUACCCCAUUAUCCCAACAUAUCUCGUAAUGGCUCCCUCAGCGUUGGCAGACAUCUAUCCAAUCCCAGCGAGGCACUACUCCAAGUCGUCGACCGUAGUAGCAUCUGUCUUGCAUGGGCCAAGGGAUUUGCGGCUCGAAACUCGUACCAUCUCAGACCCUGGUCCCAAUGAACUCCAGAUCGCUAUCAAAGCUACUGGUAUCUGCGGGAGCGAUUGUUCCUACUUCAACAAGUUCCGCAAUGGUGAUCUGUGUGCCGUUGAGCCGCUUUCACUAGGCCACGAGUCCGCUGGGGUUGUAGUCGCCAUCGGUCAGAAUGUUGCCGGCUACCAGAUUGGCGAGCGGGUAGCUUUGGAGGUUGGCGUACCGUGUGACAAUUGCAGAUCAUGUCAACGAGGCCGGUACAAUCUGUGCCCGCAGAUGAGAUUCCGAAGUAGCGCCAAAUCUGUGCCUCACUUCCAGGGAACUCUUCAGGAACGCAUCAACCAUCCCGCAAAAUGGUGCCACAAACUUCCUUCGCAUGUUUCCAUGGAGUCUGCUGCCCUUUUGGAGCCGCUUUCCGUCGCCAUUCACGCAACAAGAAAAGCCCAGAUUGAACAGGGUGACACUGCCCUCGUUUUCGGUGCCGGCACAGUUGGAUUAUUGACUGCUGCAAUGGCCAAGCUCUCUGGUGCCACGACCGUUGUGAUCGCAGAUAUCGACUAUGGACGAAUAAACUACGCCCUCUCGAAUGGCUUCGCGCACAAGGGAUAUAUCGUAACGCCUCGAAAGAACGCCAAUGAGACUGCCGAGAAGCUCGCAAUUGCGAAAGAAUUGGCUGCAGAUGUCAUGCAAAUUGCUUCGUUGAACGAUAUCGACUUUGAGGGCGUAGAUGUGACCUUUGACUGUACCGGAAAGGAGAUAUGUAUGCAGGCUGGACUAUACGCAACAAGACCUGGUGGAAAACUCGUCAUGGUCGGCAUGGGUACUCCCAUUCAGACUCUUCCCAUGUCAGCUUCUCACCUGAAGGAGGUCGACAUUAUUGGGAUUUUUCGCUACGCCAACACCUAUCCAACAGGGAUUAAGAUAAUUUCCGCUGGUGUCCUACCAAGUCUCGACAAUAUGAUCACGCAUCGAUUCAAGGGCCUCGCAGCUGUGAAGGAAGCUUUCGAACACGCUGGUAAGACAGUCGACAAAGAUGGAAAUCUGGUCUUGAAGGUCCUUGUGGAGAUGUAAAGGACCUUCCAAAUCCUGCGUCACAAAAAGACGACAUGUAAUACUGUACAUCCGCUUUCCCGUGCUCUCAUUGAAGCCCAGUAGAACGAAAUAGAGGUAGCAGCUGAUGUAUCAGCGGCAAUGGCUUGGCGUUUUAAGACAGCUUUCGUUUUUGGCUUCGGAGUUCAUUGUUACACGGAAUUGGUCCAAAUAGAAGACCCGGGGUUCUUGGUGGAGACAGAGGGCUUAACUGUAACUGAACUGGUAGAUUGGGUAAUGACGUAGAUUAUCAGAUGUUGAGGUUCGUUACUCAUUCACCCUGUUGUGCACUGACCCUAUGUCGGGAUACACUUAGAGACUUUCUAGCAAGUGUAGAGAAGAGAGGAUUUAUAGUUCUCGAGACAUAGUAGUUUACCACAUUUUGGGCGACAAACAACUGACAAAAACUUAAUAUCUCAAAUGGCU